GUCAUGUCAAAUACAACUCUGCUUGAAGUAUCUGCACCUGCAGUGCACACACACAUUAAAAGAACGAAUGUAUCUGACAGUUUGCCACACGAAACAGUAGCAAGCAGAAUAUUCUGCUGCAGAUACAUUUGUAUUUAUUAGAUGCAUUUAUUGUUUGACAGGCAGCUGCACAGUGAUUUUAUUUACAUUUAAAAAUUGUUUGUUUAAUACAAAUUUAACAAAUUGAUAUAACAGUGUGUCGAAAAAAUAUAAAUAAAUAACGAAUCCAUAACACGUUUAAUUGGGAAAAGUUAAUGGUUUAUUCACGAAGCAACUUUGAAAUGUGCAAAUAUUGAUCGCGGAACAGUUGCAGCAUUUGCAGAGAAAAUUUAAAAGUGAAGAUGUUACGCUAGUGAUACACUUUGAAUUAUCAUCUACGUUAUCGAAAUAUUGAAUUGAGAAAUGUUUAAGUGAAUUUCUAGUUGUGUCCGUAAUAAUAAUAUUGAAUCGCUGUUGAAAAAAUUUGCAAUGAAAAAUCAAUAAACGCAAAGGAGACACCGCGACAGGCACGAAAGGAAAUACAUAUGUAUGUACAAAUGUAGAUAGUGAUGAUGCCCGCUUCUGACGAAGGAAUGCGACAAAGCUGACUAGUUGUUACGAAUUCAACUCGUAGGAGCUGACGUUUAUUUACGUACAUAUGGAUAUGUACAUAUAUAGUACAUAUAUUUUAUUAGCAGACAAAAGCAUGAAGGAAAGCAAAAUUGACAAUUGCCAUUUCGCCUGGACAUUAUAAUCAUUGAAUAAAUAUAAACAAUACGUGCAUGACAAUGUCAACCUAGACUACAGCGAGAUACUAAAGGAAGCGUUUUGUUUAUACUUGUGCAUAUAUGUAUGUAUGUGCACCCACAUGCUUACAUUCCUAAAUGUGAUUGUGUGCGUGCUUCUGUGACUGCCUGUCACUUCCAGAUACACUACGCUACUGCCUGCAAAUAAUAGCACAAGCGCACCUACAAUCACACGGUCAGCGCAGUGUGGAGAACCUACAAUACUAUUAAUCUACGUGCAUAGAUAGAUACAUACAUAUGUAUGUACGUUGUGCAAAGCCAUAGCUAAGCAAACAGUGUACGCGGUGGCUGCGGUGGAAUUUUGCGCUAUUGACCGAAUAAAAUAAAAUAAGCAUUAUGCUUUAAGCAGAGGAAGUCUCCAGUUCAACACACAACUCACCCUGCAGAGGCUUGGCCCACAUUAAAUUCUACGAAUAAAUGAAUAUAAGUGAAAACAAAUCAACGAUUGAAGAUAAACUGCAGCGGUAGCGGGUGAACGCCGGCAAUGUGGCGCUACUUGAAUUCGCUGGGGAUGGUAUGAAGGCUGAUGAUGUGAUCGUUGACGCCUGAUUGGGUGUUUUCGUAGUAACGCGUUAAUACACACACACACACACACAUUUAUUUCAGCUUCCGAAUAUGCACUCAUGUGUAACAACAAAACACUUGUACUUGUAUUGUUAUAGUGAGAAUAAACAAUUUUGCUUUUAACAAUAAUAGCAACAUUAAGCAAUUACAACAAGCAAAAUAAGCAACGUACAUACGUAUAAUAAAUAAGUCCAAUUUUCAAGCAUACAAUAAAUACAUUGCAAAUAGUCGAUGCAGAGAUAUUCCAUAGCAUCGAAAAUAAAAGAUAAUCCAAAGGCCUAAAGGUCAAAUUUCGCAGAUUGUCAAUUACGUUACGACAGCUUCCUCGUCACUAAACAUAUUGGAUUUCCAUUGAGAAAUGUCAUUGCGCGUAUAAUACUCACAUUAGGCAAUCACCACAAUAGCUUAGCAGCACAGUAUUUAACAUCGUGAUUGGGGUUGAGCGCGGUUGAGCGCUACACAUUGUCAUCAGAGACUAUGGUUAAGUCAUUGGUUUCGAAGCUAUCGGCCGCAUCAUCAAAUCUAUCGCUCGCUUCAACGCUCUCCUCGGUGGGUGUGGGCAGCGGCAGUAGCGGUGUGCAGGAGACGAAUUACGCAAAACAUCGCAAUGAUCCAGGUCGAUUUUUCGGCGAUGGCGUUCAAUUCAAAGCGAAGCUUAUUGGCAUACUCGAAGUGGGCGAGGCGCGCGGCGAUCGCAUGUGCCAAGAAGCCCUACAAGAUCUUAAAAUAGCCAUACGCGCAGCCGGCGAACAUAAACAACGCAUAACGAUACACGUGACAAUCGAUGGGCUGAGACUGCGCGAUGAAAAAACAGGAGAUUCCCUCUAUCAUCAUCCGGUGCACAAAAUAUCCUUCAUUGCGCAGGAUAUGACCGAUUCACGAGCAUUUGGCUAUAUAUUUGGUUCACCGGACAGCGGUCACCGUUUCUUUGGUAUAAAGACUGACAAAGCGGCUAGUCAGGUCGUGCUGGCAAUGCGCGAUCUCUUUCAGGUUGUUUUCGAAUUGAAGAAGAAAGAAAUCGAAUUGGCGCGACAGCAAAUACAAUCGAAAUCCAUACAUGAACAUCAGCUUGCCUCAUUGUCGUCGCUUAAGUCCGCCGCGGGCGGUAUUGGCACCGGCUUGGGUGCUCAUAAUGAUCUUAGCAGCACUGGAGGGGUCGGAGGUGGUAGCACGCUCUCCAUGUUAAGUGGCAUUGGCGGGCAAAGUCGUGCAACAGCCUCGAAUAGGUUGGGUGUUAACUUGGAUAACAAGGGAGCAGCGAAAGAGAUGUCACCUGAAUCAGUGGCCGAUUUGGUUGAUUUGGAACAAGAGUUGAGCUCCUUGCAACGCGGCAUCACACAAAUGGAACGCAUCACACCCAACGAGCCAGGGCAACCUGCAGUAGCCGGCGUCUCUGGGAAGUCAGUUAACGAAGACGAUCCUUUUGGAGACUCAUUUACCAACUUUCCCACUUACAAUCUCUUGCCUCCACCAGAAUCGGGACGCUCACGCCAUAAGCCCACUAAGGCGACUGACGCGGCAGUAAAUCAAACAACAGCAUCAGUGAGCGCUGGUCAAAAUGUUACGCUCUCCUCUCUACUUUCGCCUGCGCCGGUCUUGAACACUUCCACCGGCACUCUGCAACAAGACGACGACGACAGUUGGCUGCAUGAACUGGACCAGCAAAAUGAUGUAUUUGACACUUCAAAAGCCGGCAGCAUGAGCAUAGGUGUUGGCCUGCCAAUGGCACCACUGGCCCCGAGCGAAUCAACAUCCACACCUACACAACAAUUGAGCGAACAUUCGACACUCGUCGAUGUUGAAGCAGCUGCCAAUGCGGCAACCAACGCGAGCAUGCAACCGUCCGGCGGAGCUGCGGCAUCGACCUCAGCAGCCACUUUGGGCGUCACAUCGUCUUCGCCGACGCCGGUUUUGGGCGACGGACCGCCACAGGCAGCCGCGAGCGCUGCAGUGAAGUCAGAUGCUUUUACAGAUUUGGAUCCAUUAGGCACGGGUCGCACACGUCCCUAUGUCGAUAAGAAAUACUUCUUCCAAGAGCUUAAAAACCCACCCAAAAAAGUGCUCAACGACCUGUCUUCAGGUGGCAACGGCACCGUAGACAUAACGGCAACAGGUGUGCACUACACGGCCGCCUCGGCGGUGGUCGAUGAGUUUCUGAGCAAAGAGGGUCUCUUCGAGGAUGCCCUAACCGCCGGUAUGGACGAGCAAGGCGAAGUGGCUCAGCAGAUGCAGCCGCCGCAGCAGACACAGCAUUCUCUAUCAGCACCACUUAAUAUUACUAACACUACUCAUGCAUCAGGUAUAGCCGGCUUGAAAACAGCCUUGAACACUAACAAAACUGUAGUUAAUAUAACGGCGUCUGCAACAGCAGCUGCAACAACAACUACAACAACUUUACUAAUCGGUGUGCUUGCACCACCAUGCACGGUUAACAUUUGCACCUGCACCAUAAGCAGUACGAAAUACACGAGCACCGCUUCUAAUGUUGUUGUACCCAGACUAACGAAUACUAACCACCAACUAGCGUCUAGCAACAGUUUACUAACAACCUCUACCUACUCUACUAAUUCCACAACAGCUUCUACUUUAAGAAUGCACCAUUACCAGCCGACUUUAUCGUCGGCAACGUCUUCGUGCACUACAACAAACAUACCCACUAAUCUACAUUUAAAUCAUUACACUUUAGACUCCACGGCGACUGCUGCUGGAACAACUGACGAUGUUGUGAUGAUGCCGCGUGACACCGAUCCUUUCUCACCCACACGUAAGAAGAGUGAUCCAUUUCAGGAGGGCGGUGACGUGUUUGCCAAAUUGGACCCAUUCGAAUUUGAAUUUAACAGCGGUGACGCCACUAACCAACGUAGCUCUCCAACCGUCAGCGCGGAGACCUCUCGUCCUGCGGAUGUCUUUAAUGGUCCGCUGCAAGUUAGCUUGCCCCCGGAGAGCAGCCUUUCGCCCACGUUAGCGCAGCCGUUGAGCACAGCAGCGCAAUGGCGUGCCGAUGUAGCGCGCUUAGAGCGUCAAAUGGCCGAACCGGUAGCAGCGAUGGGCAACGGAAGUGCCAUACCGCCAGUUGGUGUCAAUAGCUCGGUGCGUUUGAGGCCAACACCUUCGGGUCAGGUCUCCUCGGUUGGACAGCCUUCUUCUGUAUUUAAGCAGCAGACAGCGGACGUAAUAUCGAGCAUUAGCAAUAAGAAGAUGCCACACUUAUUUGGACAGGAGAGCGACUCACUAAGCGAGAAUGAGGCGGCACCAGAGCCACCACCACGUCCGGAUUCAGCAUUGCAUGCGGAGCCGCCGCCAUUGCCGCCCAAGAAACAGUUCAAUGAUAUUGUUAUACGCCCACGUGUGACGUCCGGUAAUGCGGUGCCUCCGAGAGUCGCGCCGCCCUCUGUGAGUAGUCGUUAUGAGUUCGUUAAUACAACGUCGAAGUCUUUACGUGGCGCUAAUUCCGAAGUUCCACCAAUACCAUUGCCAUCACGUCGUGUUGGUCGUUCUGAUGGCACCUACCCGGGGCCUGGUCGACCACGUAAGCCUGGACAUACUGACGAUGAUUACUUGGCGCCUAUUAGUGGCAUCGGUAGCAUUGCGAAUGCAGCUGCGGGUGAUGUGCCACCACUUCUGCCACCCCCAACGCAAAUCUCAACACGCAACCGUGCUCAACGCCAGCAAUCACUUUCUAAGCCUCAGGAUAUCUACGAGAAUAAAUUGGAGAUUUUGCAACAGCAGCAGCAGCAACAACAGCAGAAACGACAACAAGCGUUAACUGAUGGUGGCGCCGAACCAAACACGGCAACGGCGUCUCUCAUACCCGACAUCACACUGAGCCAGCUUAUGACUCUAAGUUUGGAUGAGCUGGCAGUAAAGUUGAAUGUGCCGGUGAGCAAGUUGAGCACUAUGACAUUGGUAGAACUAACAUCGUAUCUCUCGGAAUUCAUUGAGAAGUCAAAGCCACAGCGCGAGCAAGCGCUACCUAGCCAUAUGAGUCCUUUGCCGACGCGUCGUGUAGAAAUGAAAUCCAUUAAGGCGGAGUCAUCACCUCUACCGACUCAACCAACAGUUUUUAAGGUGAACUUUGAUCAGCAAGCGACGUUUGUGGCAAAAUUCGACGAUACAUUUGGCGAGGACUUCUCCACUCACACCGCCGAUGGGCAAGGGCAAGACGCUUUUGCAAAUUUCGAACAGUUUAACGAGCCACCAGUUGGUCCGUCUCCAAUAUUCACGGAUACUAGCCAAAGCGCACCAAUUGUGCCAUCAGCCGAUCGAUAUGCGGUUUUCCGUGAGAUCAUUGACAAAGAGCUGCAAGAGCAACAGGAAAACGCGGACCUAAUUGGCGAAGUGAUUAAUGAGAACGAAGAUGCCGGCGGCAGCAUUAUAUCUGGAACUGAUGUUGGAGGCAUUGCUGCAGUAGCAGAUGACAUUGGUGCGCAGUUCGAGGCUAACUUUGAUGACGACGAUUUUCUUACGUCCUCUGGGGGUCCACAAGUGCAACCACCAAAGAUUGAUACGAAAAUCACGGAAGUAGUGGCACAAGCAAAGGAUCGGUAUGCUGCGCUCCGCGAUAUAAUUCUUGUCGAAAAUCUUUUCGACAAUAAGAGACCAGCGGCUUUGCAGGCAUCUCAGGAGUUCCCCGAAUUCAGUGACGAGUUCAAUGAAGAUCAAGAUCAAGACCUUAAGCACAUAAUGGAUGGGCGUGCCAGCAGCAUUGGGCCCGACCGCUUAGGCUUAGUAGACAGUCGCGGCUUACCAGCCGAGCCUUCCUCAUCCGCAUUAACCGUCGAGGACGACGACGAAGAUGAUGAUGGCGGAGCGGAAAGUAGUUUAGACAGUAAUGAUAAAGAAACCCGAGUGGCUGCUGCUGCGCAAGAUAAAUACGAAAAGCUGUCGACAUCCACACAACAAUUGGAUGGUGAAAAAUCUGAUAAGCUAGAUUUGAAUGGCAGCCAACCCGAACGCUGCGCCUCACAACCUUCCUCGAAUUUAUUGAAUGCCAAACAGGAUAAUAAAUUCCUAACAGUUGCUGGCAGCAGCGGACUCUCUUCGUCCAAGGAUGACUUGGAAAUUGAUGAACUUAUGCAACGUGCCAUAUCGAAUUUAUCUUUAGAUUCUCGCGAACGCAUCUCCCCUGCAAAUUCAGCGACCAAUAUGCCCACAGUAAUUGUGACAUCUGGCAACUCUAUAGCUUUGCCACGGCCAAAUGCCACGCUCUCGUCUCAGGCGCAGUUCAAUGACGUUAGCACAUCACCUAUUCCCUUACAGAAGUCUCCGACACCAGGCGUUGCUCAGCAGCAACAAAGGUCACCACUGAGCAAAUCGCCACAGCCGUCACCAGUCUUAUCCCAACUAUCCGCUGUCUCGAACCUAAUUGACACAGCUACAAAACAAAUCAACAUUGGCAGCAGUUUGCAACAAGAACCUGAAGUAAAACAUUCUAAGGAGUUUUGGGCGACUUUCGACUCACCUAAGCCAAAUAUCGAAAAGGUAGAUAAACGCGGCAGGGCUGCUGCGAAGUCUACGAUGAAGAAUUCAUUGCUACACUUACCACCGCCGCCGCCUUCGAACACCUCACAGAACGAUACAGCGGAAUCACCAUGUUCGUCUGAUCCACGUGAUUAUGGUUGGAGUAAGAGCACGGGCGUCAGUCGUCGUUGGCCAAAGAAAGAACGUCAUCAGACUUCGUCUUCGUCUCGCGAUAUCAGUCCUUGCGAUGAUGAGCCGUCUGAUUUUCAAAAGCCAAAACGCAUUCCUAGUGGAGUGCCCGCAAUACCGCCGCCUUCUUCAGAUCGGCAUGGGUAUUAUGUGAGACACACCCGCCGCUUGAACUCCUGUGAUGAGGAUUAUGACUACGAGGAGGAGUUCAACACACGACGUGAUCAUCGUAAACUAAAGCCAGGACUUUCGCGUAGCCGAGAUAACUUCGAUUUAGAAUCUCCUAGUUGGUACCGUCAUGCUCCACAUCACACCUGGUCGCCGCAGGAUAUGGAGCAAGCAGCCGGUAUGCGCGCACGCGCUUUCGAACGUAGCGCCUAUGAACGCACCACAUACGGACCUCCCGUCUACGACAAACGCGGCGUUGCGCUGCCGCCUAAUGCAUCUUCUAGUUAUGAUCGUCGCAGUGGCUACGACAAGCGCAGCAAAUAUUAUCGUGAUUACGCUCGUCCAAAUUACGAUUUUGAUGAUUACGGCGAUUCGCCCCAUGAACGUUAUCGCGAUGCCGGAAGUUUCGAGAAACCAAAGGUUGGGCGACGUUCUGACUAUGAAAACAUUUACGAUGAGGGUCGCUCUCCUAUGAGUGGAAUAAUCGGCAGUAGUGGCGGCGGCAGCAGUGGUUAUAAGACACGCGGUGGGGAUUACAUGUACGAUAGAGAGCGUAAGUCCUUCGAUCGUGAAAGCGUCGAAUCGUUUGAGAGCGCUACACGACGUCGGCGCAGUUUCGGAAGUGGCGAUGUGUAUGGAAGUAUGGAAAGCCACGAAGAAUUUCGUGAACGUUAUGGACCGGAAAAAACACGCUCGCUGCGAAAGGGCAUGAAGUUGCGCGCUACAGGCGAUAUUGAGUACGAGCAAGAUUCGGAGAAUGAUUUUCAUCAGCGCACACGCAUGAGCGGCGGUGGAAGUAGUGUAAACAUUCCGGACACGCGCAGUUUACAGCGCCCGAGCCAAUUGAUAUCCAGUAAUACGGGAAGCACCAUGAGUAUGGGGCCCGGACAACCACGGGCACGUAAGAGUAGCGGUUCCAGUCCUUGGGAUGGUGAAGAGCCACCGUUGCCAGGGCAAAAAUCCUGGAAACGUCCUUCAAGUGCUGCCGACUCAGAACGACGACUGGCUGAAAGCAGACGGGUAGCCGCACUCGGACAGACCCCCUCCGGCUCUGAUGGAGAAAAGGAUCGCAGGUUCCGCAAAAAGCAACGGUCACGUGGCAAAGAAAUUCCUUACAGCAGCUCGGGCCUACCACCGUCCAAUACUGGUAGUCGAUAUAGUGGCACUGUUGCCGCCACAACUCAUUCUCGUGACAAUUACGAUUAUAUAACGUACGACGAUGACGAUGUCGGCGACGAGGAAGACUAUGCGGAUGAGGAUUAUGACGAGCCGCCCACAGAUGAGGACAAAUUCGAACGCUUGAAUAGGCGUCGCCAUGAAAUGCAUCAACGUAUGUUGGAGAGCGAACGCAGACAGCAUUCGAUGGGAAAAGUGCCCAUUAGUUCCCUCAAAUGCAGUGCUCCGACGGCGGCAACAAAGAAAUAUCCCACAAGAGGCGGCGAAUAUGAUUUCGACGAUUAUGAACAAUCUCCAACAUCGCGUUCGAAUGCCAGCGCCAGCUUGGCAAGUGCCGCCAGUUCUUAUAUAGCUACGACUGGUGUCGGUGGCAGCACUGGAAGUGCUACGAAAUUUAGCUUUGAUGGUGGCUUUGAAUCGGACUUCAACCAAAGCUCUCCACCGCCAGCACCCGCCGGCACUGCAUCCAGUUGCAAUUCUACGCCCGCCGCCACCACAGCGAGCGCAUGCGUUACACCGGCAACCAAGUCAUCCUUCCGCUUUUCGAACGACUUCUCGGAACGAGAAAAAUUGCACGGCUUCCCACAAAACUCCAACAGCGUGAGCACCGCGCAACAGUUGGACUUGGACAAUACGCAAUCACCAGCACCGCAUGCAAUGCCCCCCAUCAUCACGCAAAAAUUACGUUUCGACGAUAAUGUCAAAGUUUCACAAUUCGACGACGCCGCUUUCGAAGAUGACUUCUCGAAUGCACAAUUCGACUUCGAAAAGGAGGACCAAUGGCACGCGGACUCAUUGCAAAGCGCCAGCAGCGCCGCACUCAUGACCACCGCUGCGAAAAAACACAAUCUGCGAAAUAGCAAACUGCAACAGAGACAGGAACUGAUCAAGAAAUCCGAAUCCAUUAACAUUUUCGGCAAGAAAUCUGAGGAUCCCUUCGAGGACGAUGAGUUCUUCAAGGCGCCCGGCGGUGAAGGCGCAUUAGCCAACAAUAAUAACAACAAUGGCAACGGACAGCAGUUGAGUAAAACAGGUGCGGGCAACGGCAGCGGCUUUCAAUGUGACGACGACUUCAACUUCGCCAAAUUCGACGAAAAUAUGUGAUUUGAUCAAUUGUUUGCAAGGAACGCCCGAACAGAGCAUGUAACAAAACAACAAAAGCCAACCGCCAAUAUGAGUGACACGCUGAACGUUGAAGUUCACGGCGUUUGCAACGAGACUACGCAUCGGACUCGUGUUAAGGGCGUUGCGCCGAAGCCGCAAAGCGACGAGGAAGACGAAGAUGAUAAUUAUGCAGAGAUCAAUGUGAUUGCCGAUCACGAUUACUAUUAUAUAACCAAUUUAAAUGAUUACUACUAUCAGCAGCAGCAGGAACAACAAAAGCAACAACAAAUACAAACACAACUACAACAAUCGAACAGUUCGGCGGCACUGUGCGCGAUCGCCGCCGACCAAGGUGUAUGCAGUAACGGGAUGGUGCGCAAAGAAAACGGUUUUCUCACGCAAAGGCAACACCAACAACAACAACAUCAACAACAAUACGAAAGCCUUAAGGGCACGCUGUUGCGGAAUACGAAAAAGUGUCGACGUAAAAUUGUUUCGCUAAAUUUCCUAAUGAAAAACUUGAUCAUGUACCGCCUCAAAUAUGACAUUCUAUAGGAGGGGCAUGUGCGUUUAACGCUUAAUAUUUGCAAACUGUCAUACUCACAAACAUACAUGUAAAGCACGAAUAUGCUUUAUGGCGCCAAGGUUAUCGGACAGUCCUCUCUUGCGCCCUCAAGCUUUGCGGUUUCGCGCAUUUAUUAAUGGCCAUGUGUGGUUGUUGUUUUUUUCUUGAUUUAUACUCACCAAUUUUUUGUAAAUAAUGCAACCGAAUUGUAAUCAAAAGUACUCAUCGCAAGUCGCUGCUAGUUCUAUGUGGCAUACUAGAUUAAUAUACUUAUAUAUAUAUGUAUAUGUAAUUAUGCAUUUCAGUCUGAGCGCUGCUUUCCUUUCAGAUUGUGCUUUCAUAAUCUGAUUUGUAAUUAAACUGUGUUAUUUUUUCAUUAUGCUUAUUAUUUGACUAAUUUGGCUAAUAGCAAUAAGUAUUCAGAAUUCCGGCGACGUGAGUGUGCGUGUGCGUGUAUAUAACGAUAAUGAAAUCAAAUUUACUAAAUAAGCAAUGUUUAUCUAACUUUAUAUCUCUAUGUGUACAUAUAUACAGAUUUAGUUAAUACAAACAAACAUGCAUACAUACAUACACAUGCAUGUGUAUGUGCGUUGGUGAAAAACGAUGUAAAGGUGAAAUACUCCGAAGCGAGCAUUAUAACGGCAAACGAAAUGUUAUCAGGUUGAAAAACGUAAAACUAAAUAAUUAUUGCAAUUACAUAACUACAUACAUACAUACAUAUAAACUAUUAUAGACAAGCGUCAAGCGAAUUUGAUGAGAAGCCAUAGUUCCAAGUAUCCAAACAUCACUCAGUUAGCAAAUCUACAAUAAAUAAUUAAGAAUGAAAACUAGUUAAAAGCAUUGCAAAUUAACUGUAAAUUAAACGUACAUACAUACAUAUAUACAUACUGGCAUACAUACAUACAUAUAUGAAUAUAGCUCGCGGUAAAUAAAGAAAAGAAUUGAAGAAAAACCGGCACACUGUUAAACUAACACCACAACAACAAUAACAAUAACAAUAGCAACUAAAUAAUUAAUAAUUAAAAAGUUGAAAAUUUCAGGUUUUCCUUAAACAAUUCACCGAAGUGUUUGCAGUUAUAGAACCUUACUGAGCAGCACACUCAAUCCAAGCGCCAACGCCGCUCGGCAACUCGGCAAAUAUUAAAUUAAAUUAAGAAAUUAAAAAGAUGAUUACGAUUAUGAUUAUAGACAAGUAGCUACGAACAAAAUUAUGCUUACAUACGUACAUAAAACACUCAUUAACUCUUAAACUAAGUAAAUUUAGUUAAUUAAUACUACUCAUUUAGUGUAAUGAACUACAAGGAAACAAGUGGAGCUAAAAAAUCGAGCAAUAUAUGCAAAUAAACAAUAUAUUAUAUAUAUAACUAAUAAUAACUGUAAAAUACCUAUGUAUGUGUGCAACUAUUAUACUUACAAAUAUGUAUACCGAUUAAAUCAUUUAUGAAAUUGAGUCAAGGCAAUAUGAAUGGCAACUGAUGCAUACUCACUCACGUGUAAGACGACGACGAUUCGGGACUGCGUCCAAGCGCAGGCGGUAUUUCUCUUGUUUGUUCUAAGAAGAUCGAAAAAAAUAAAACAUAAAACAUGUAACGACAAAUAUACAUACCAAUUAAGAAUAAAUAUACAGUAUCUAAUUCAA